AUGAACGGGCUUGGAGUGUUCUCACAUCUAGUUCCGUUGACCGUUCAAGCCAGUUUGUUCAAUCUAGUCUGGACUCGUGAUGAUUAUUUCCAGAAACCUCUUAUCCGAUGGACCAGGAUCUCUCUCUUACCGAUAACACUUGGUGUGAUGUUCUCUGAGUUGGUCAACUUGAAGUAUCAAGCCGAGCUCUCGUCGCACACCAAACUCUGUAUUGGUAGUGUUAUCACUUCUCAAGCCAUGAAAUCCGUCAUGUUUACUUUCAAGCAACCCGUCUCAUCAUCGCCAAUCAAGACAAAAGAUUAUCCUGCCCCCCAGCCUCCGUCGUUCUUAUCUACUCUCACCAAUGUGAUUUCGCUGGUACUCGCUUCAAGCUCCGAUCCAUCAAAGCGCGAGAUAUCUGGCUCCGGGACCAAUCACAGGAUCCACUCGGAUAUAAUGUUCUUAUCGAAAACCUUCCGACGUUUGCUUGUUCAUCACAUCUGUGCUGUUAUUGCAUUGGCUUGUUGGAGGGGGGUGAAUGAUGAAGCUCUGAUCGAUCAACUGGCAGUCGGACCAAUGAUCAAGAAGUUCAAGUGCGAGAUUACAGCAUUUUGUUGCGGGAACCUUAUCUGGACCAACAUGGAUCUUUUCGGGUGUCUCCUUAGAUUAUUCUGGUUUACAGUCAAAAUUAUUAAUAGAUUGUUAUUAAAACUCUUACCAUCAGUUUUUAAGAAUAUGCCACCUUCGGAAAAACUCAAUCAAACCGAUUUGGAAGAAACCUCCCCUCUUCUAUUUAAAAAAACUCCGUUAGAAGCUACAAGUAUGACAGAUUUCUGGGGUAGACAUUGGCAUCAAAUGAUCAGAAGCCUUGUUGUUGAAGCGGGUGCUGUUCCAGUCACCUCCUUCUUGGUCUGGGUUUUCGGAACUGAUCAACUUCACCCGAAAGUGCUCAGACUUGCUGGAGUUCUUGCGGCCUUCACAAUCUCAGGAUUGGUUCAUGAAGCUGGAGUAUGGACGGCUGGACCGAUCGACCUGACGUUCAAAACUACGAUAUUUUUCAUAUCUCAAGGAGUCGCAAUAUGUCUAGAGAAUGUGUUCAAGCAAGCCUUCGGACGAAAGGUGGACGGCUUCCUUGGCAGAAUAUGGACUUUUUCGUGGUUGGUUUAUUUUGGCACACCGAUGGUGACUCUUUGGUUGAACACGGCAUUUUUUGACCAAACCGGUUUAUUUCAGAAAGUAGACGAACUUGGCCUUUUAAGAAUGUCUCUGAUGCCACUGAUUGUACCCAAACUACUGAGCCAUUCACUAUAAAAACAAAUAGUCUCUUUUGCUUCUUGGUAUCAGUUGAAUUUCACUACUUGCGAUCGAUACUGAACGUUUAUCAUUUCAUCAUUUCAACGCUUGGAAUCUGGCAUCAAAAAACUACCCUUGAAAAAAAAUUGAAUAAAAUCAAAUCUUACUGUCAUAAGAUUGAGUCUGAGGUCAACACAAACUCCGAUUCUCUCUAUUGAGUCUAAAGAUACACCCAAGUUAAAAAAUAAACUUUGUUUCAACUCACAUUUUCACUAAAGCUCCUUAGUCCUGCUUUAAAACUUUUUUUUUUUUCAUUUCUAGACUACGUUAUUGCAAGUAUAUAACAAGAGUAUUGUCUCAUGGCCUGGCACAAGGGUUAGUGUUAGGGUACAAGAAGAAAUCCAAGA